UGCAGAACGAUGGAGUAUAAAAACUCAAACCUCACUGGCCUAUAGCUGUUGGCAGGGUUUUGCUGAUUGCACACACACAUAUAACACCAUGGCCUCCUCCUCUCUGCUUCUGGUUUGCUUGGCUGCAAUGGUGUACAUCACUGAAGCUACGCCACUGGUAAGUAUUGCAUUAGUGGUACAGCAGUUUCUCGGGCAGGGGGGAGUACAAUCUUCUUGCAAGCUUAUUACCAAAUUUGUACCACAUAUGCUGAUCCAUGGUGAACUGUCCAUAUCUUCUGAUGGCUGCAUCGUUUACCAAGGUACUUUAGAAUGGCUUUCAGGUUGCUGGAGACACAUUCUAUUUGUGAAAUAAUACGUACCAAACUGCUAACAACUGGUAAUUUAAUCAUGCUGAAGAAAUUAAAAUAGUAGCCCAAGAUAUUGUCACAUGCCUGCCACAGUGUGAUACAUGGCUGUCUCUUAGGAAUUGCAGACCAUUUCACGUUUCAAGAUAUCGGUUGUUUGGAGGAAAGGUACCCAUAAAUUCCAAUGUUUCUUACUAUACAAUGCAGAAAAUUUUAGCACAUGCCAUUUAUAGUUAGAAAACUAGAUCUGUUAGUUAAGUUUGUCAUUAAAAAAAUAAUAGCUCUCUAUUUGUUCUUCAUAUAUGCAUAGUCUAAAUGUAUGUUACCAUAAAAUCUUACAAGGCUAUUGCUGUUGGUGCAAUUCUGUUCAUACAUGUCUACUCAGAAGUAAGUCCCAUUGAGUUCAAGGGGAUUUACGCACAGGUAAGUGUUUGUAAGAGGUCUGUUCCGUUUUACUACACUAUUCAUUAUUUUUUAUCAUUAUUUAAAAACAUGCAAUAUGUCACCAUAUACAGCAAAUGCCUCAAGGCAAUUUGUGACAGUGGCAAAUCUGAUAAUUAUUUGCAGCUCAUCUGCUUACUCUGUAAAAUGAAAAUCAUUUUUACUUUUAUUUACAGUGAGUUGUAAAGUUUGAUUCUCAAUUGACUACAGUUAAUAAUUAAAAAUUAAUAGUGCAAUGCUCAAAUGUAUGUCAACUUCAAGAAUAUUGCUGUGCUAGCUGAAUAUUCAUUAAUAAUGAUAGACCCACUGAACCUUUAAAUCAGAGUAAAGUGUGGAGGGAGGAAUAAGAGGAAUAUCUGUUAAAAGCAAAGCUUGAACUGGCAUAACAUUUUCUUUUGUGCUUGCUUUUAAAUACUCUUAACAGACCAUUUCUCAAAGCUGCAUCCCAUGUCUAUGUGUAUAUAAAUGAUGUUUGCAGUAACUCCUAGCCCAAGUUAAUUUGUUUGUUUGUUUGACAGCUCUUGGAUGUGUACAGGCUGUUGAAGAAUUUGUAAUGUGUUCCUUAUGCCCAUGAAAUAGGCUAUGGACCACAGAAACUCUGAUAGAUAUUUUCUUCUGCCAGGUCAAGGUUUCCCAUGGCUCCAUUGACUCAAAGUGUCCUCUUAUGGUGAAAGUCCUGGAUGCAGUUAAAGGAAGACCAGCUACCAGCCUACUGGUAAAAGUGUCCAAAAGAGCUGAAGAUGGCACCUGGAAGGAGUUUGCUACUGGGUAAGUUGCUCUGCAUGCAAAGUGCCUUGAGAAGCAAAUCAGCCUUGCUGAGACGGCACCUCCAAAUUGUGUGAACCCACACCACUACCACCAACCAAGUUUCUGUUCCAAGCCUCUCUGUUAUUUCCAAGGCUUUAUACAGAUAAUAUAUGUUUACUCACAGCAACAGGAACAACUUUCGGCCUUAUCACUGUGGGAGCACCAUCACACCCAUCCUGUAUUUGUAAAGUGAACUUAUUUGUUACAUGACCUACCACAGAACGCCUUCCUAGGAACAUGACUAGUACUAUAGUCUGCAUUUGAAAGCCAUAUGUCUCUGCAGCUAUGAAGACUAGAUGCUUGCUCUCUUAAAAAGAAUCAAAACUAACCUUUUCAAUAUCCUCACAGGAAGCUAGUAUGGAGACAGGGCUGCAAACUGCUCACCCACUCUAGAACACCUAGAGCCUUGUCAGCUGAUAAGAGGGAGAUGCAGUGCUUUUCUUCUAGUAAAAAAAGGUGCCAGUACUGCGCAUAUCCCUGACAUCUGGCUAGUUAUGAAAUGAAGGUGAAUGAAUUUCCAAGGGAACUUUGAAUUGCAACUUAAAGCAGUCUUAUACAUGACUACACAGAAGUCUUGUUGAGAAAAUCUGGUGCUCCAUAAGAGCCCCAACCCACUUCUUGUAUGGGAAAAAAAUGUACAUAAAAAGAUACCAUCCUUACUACUUUUACGCACCUGUAUUACAGGGAAACAAAUGAAUUUGGGGAAAUCCAUGAGCUUACAACAGAUGAACAAUUUACAGAAGGCUUGUACAAGGUCCAGUUUGACACCAAUACAUACUGGAAGGCAGCUGGCGUUGCUCCAUUUCAUGAAUAUGCUGAUGUGAGUAUUUGGGUCGUCGUCGUCGUCGUCCCCCCCCCCAAUAAUGCAAACCACUGGCAGAGUUUUUAAAAUCCCACAAUAUAGUAAGUUUUCGGAGUCAAAUAUUAUCAUGGGACCAAUUGAUUGGGUAAUUACUGCUAUCGACUAUGCAGCAGGACUGGGGAGAGAAGAGGAUGCAAGCUGAAGGUUUUAGUAUGUGUAGACUACAGGAGUGGCUGCAUUUUAAGUGUCCGAUCCCCUAAACAAGCCACAUCCAAAUCUGCCCUUAAAUCUAUCAGAACUUCACCCUGUACAAAAACCAUAAAUCUUGCAUUUUUAUACAUGAACCUCCAGCUGAACUAGAAGUAUACUUUCCUUAAACAGUGAACAAACUUUUUAAAAAAAUUAAAACAAUUUUACAAUCCAACUUCUGUUGGUUAGACAUUGUAAGCUUACAGGCUUACCUUAACUUUCUCACACAUGCAUAAGGAAAGGCUCAGUGCCUGAAAAAUGUAGACAAAUUAGGCCAUCAUGACUUAACAAGUGGAUUCUGCCAAAUCAAUUUUUCUGCUGGUUCUCAAAGUGCAAAACAUUAGGAAAGCCCCCAAGUCAUAAUAUCCUUUGCAUUGCAUAAUAUUCCUGCGUUGCAGGGGGUUGGACUAGAUGACCCUUGGGUCCCUUCCAGCUCUAAGAUUCUAAGGUGCUUCUUGUUAACCAGCAUAAAUAUUUUUAGUGCCUCUCUAAUUUCACAUGCAUCUUUAGAAAGAAACAAUAUGUAUAUUGGUUAAAGCUGUGCACUCCUUAAAACUUCUAUAAAAACAACUUGUUUUUUUGUGCAAUGCAUUCAGUGGUUUUUAAUUAACUAACCACAUAAAAAGCAUAUCUUCACCGAUCAAUGACAAGAUGAUUCUCAGCACUAAAAAGUCGCUUUAAAUUUUGCAACCAAAUUUAGCAUGCUUAUGGAGUCACCGUAUCACACUGAAUGUCUUCCGGCAUUUUCAUUAACUUCUUAACUGAAAUCUAAACAAAGCUGUCCCUACCCAAUGAUUAUUUCUCAAGUACAUGUAUGUGCACAUAAUGAUUCCCAAAUUGCAAAGUCAUUGCCAUUCAUUUUAACAGGUGAAGUCAAUCUUUUUUGGUAUACAGAUGUGUUCCUUCUAUUGAAAUGAAUUGGCCUGUCCAAGGAUACCAGACAAAUCAGAGCACUUGGACAGUUUGUAGGCAACUUAUGAUGAAUCAAUAUUUUUAAUACAGGUUUUUACAGAAAAAAAGCAUUGUAUGACCAACUUAAGUAUUUUCCUCUUGCAGGUGGUUUUUACUGCUAACGAUUCUGGUCAUCGCCAUUACACCAUUGCUGCUCUUCUUAGUCCCUAUUCUUAUUCAACCACAGCUGUUGUCAGCGACCCAAAGGAAUGACAUCAUACUUUAUUCUCACAACAUUCUCUCUACUAUUCCACUUUUGUAGGAUUAUAUUAGAGGCAGCAGUUAAUUUGCAUAACCCAU